AUGUCGAGUACAUUUUUUUGGAACGUGCGAGGACUUACCGAUAAUACAAAGCAUAACCCGCUGUCUUCUUGGAUCAAUAGACGGUCAAUUCUUUUUGGGGCGCUUCUCGAAACGCACGUUAAUGAAGCAAGCAAGCAACUUAUUUUGUCUUCUUUGGGCCCUGGGUGGUCUCUUUUUGAUAACUACCACCAGUCUCCGUUAGGAAAGAUCUGGUUUAUAUUCAAAAACCCGGUUACAGUCAGGCUUCUUUUUGCGGAUCUUCAAUCCAUCACCUGCGAGGUAAAAUUGGAAGAUGGGAUUACUAUUAUCUACACAGCCAUUUAUGCUUCAAACGAGGAAGACUACCGGAAAGAUCUCUGGUUUUCUUUGAGGGAUACUUAUGCGGCUUUUGAUCUGCCAAGCAAGCCAUGGAUUGUAGGAGGGGAUUUCAACGAGAUUCUCCAUCCUGAUGAAACCUCUAACCUAGGUAUCUCAUCUACAACCCGUGCAAUGCGUCUGUUUGGAGAAUGCUUGGGGGAUCUAGGUCUUUUCGACCUUCCUUUUACUGGUCCUAAAUUUACUUGGACAAAUAAGUGUCCGUCAGCGCCAGUGGGUAAAAAACUGGAUAGAUGCUUGGUUAACGGAGCCUGGAUCCUCCAGUUUUCUUCUAGCUACUGUGAAUUUUCUGCUCCGGAAUUUUCAGAUCAUAGCCCCUGUCAUAUUCAGUUUUCAUCGCCUCCUCCAGCUUUUGGCACGAGACCGUUUAAGUUUUACAAUCUACUAAUUAAGAACCCGCAGUUCUUAGAGGUCACCAAAGCAGCUUGGGCUGCAGCUGGGCCUCGGGCUUUCACAUUAAAGGAGUUCGGUUUCAAGCUGAAGAGUAUGAAAAGGCCGAUGAAAUCCCUCCACAGAGACAACUAUAGUGACAUUGAGAAGCGGGUGAAGCAGGCGGAGGUCAGUCUCACAUCUGCUCAACUUGUUGCGCUAAAUGAUCCCACUUCCACUAAUGUUCAGGCAGAGGUGUGGGCUAAGGAUCUGUGGAUUUCUCUUCGUCUUGCCGAGGAAAGUUUCUUCAGACAGCGCUCUAGGGUUAAAUGGUUGGGAGAAGGCGACAUGAAUACUCCUUUCUAUCAUGGCAUGAUGACUAUGAGGAAUGCCCUAAAUGCAGUUAAACAGCUUAUCUGUGACGAUGGAACUGUUACUCAAUCGCUCCAGGAGGUUCAUGCUCUUGCGUUGGAAUAUUUUGAGGGUAUCUUGUGUACUAUUCGCGGGGCACUUGGUCGGUGCUUGGAGAGGAAGUUAACUACUCAAUACAAGCUGAACUCAACUACAUCUCUGAUGUCUUCUUUCAUGCCUACAUCUCUGAACUCAACUACUCUAAUCCUUCUACCUAAGAGACCGGGGGCGAAUACUAUCAGAGAGUUUAGACCCAUAGCGUGUCUUAAUACUCAAUACAAGCUGAUCUCCAAGCUUAUAUCCAACAGGCUUAAGGCAAUCCUCCCGUCGAUCAUUCUCCCAAACCAAACAGCCUUUGUGAAGGAUAGGUUGAUUCUUGAGAAUAUCUUGUUGGCGUCAGAGGUUCUAAAUGGUUACCAUAGAGAAUCGACUGUCCCAAAGAUGACACUGAAGGUUGAUAUAGCGAAAGCUUUCGAUUCCGUUCGGUGGGAUUUUGUGCUAAGCACUCUUCAAGCAUAUGACUUACCUCCAAUUUUCAUUGGUUGGAUUAGAGCAUGCAUCUGCUCGCCAUCCUUCUCUCUCAGCAUCAAUGGGGUUUCUUCUGGUUAUUUUAAAGGGAAGACUGGCCUUAGACAGGGUGAUCCGCUCUCUCCUAUUCUCUUUGUAAUGAUGAUGAAUAUCUUAUCUCUGAUGUUAAACAAAGCUGCAGCGUCUGGCUCAUUUGGCUAUCAUCAGGAUUGUGAGGAUCAGGAGCUGACACACUUGUGUUUCGCCGACGAUUUACUUAUCUUCAUCGACGGUUCGGAAUCUUCCCUGGAAGGUGUUUUCUCGGUCUUAUCGGAUUUUGAAUUGAUGUCUGGUCUCGCGGUUAAUGUGAGCAAAACGACACUGUUCACGUCCGGGAUGAUGGAAGCGGAGAGUCAACGUAUUGCUAACCGUUUCGGCCUGGCUCGCUCUAACUUACCGGUUAGAUACCUCGGCACGCCUCUCUGUACCAAGAAGCUCUCUUUCUCAGACUGUGACCCUCUCCUGCUGCAGAUCAAAAAGAAAAUGAGCUCAUGGACUACAAGAUCUCUUUCCAUGGCGGGCAGACUAACCAUGUUAACCUCUGUCAUCUCUGGUAUCAUAGGUUACUGGUCUAGUGCUUUCCUCCUUCCAAAGCGGGUUAUAAAAGCUAUUAAUUCUCUAUGUAGCUCCUUCUUGUGGCACGGCACCAUCGGAAUUUCUACAGGAGCAAAGGUCGCAUGGAAGGAUAUUUGUACUCCUAAAAAAGAAGGGGGUUUGGGCAUUAGGAACAUUGUCACAUGGAGUGAUACAUGUGCCUUGAAACUAAUCUGGAUGCUCUUCUUUAGAGCAGGCUCAAUCUGGGUAGCUUGGAUAAGGCAAAGAUAUUUGAGUACGGGCCCGUUCUGGUCACUUAAUGAGAAGAAUUGUUCAUACUCAUGGAUGUUCAGGAGAUUACUCAAAUUGCGGUCUAAAGCUUUGGAGUUCAUCAGAAUUUCUAUUGGCAGAGGGGACAUCACCUUUUUCUGGUGGGAUCCUUGGACCCCAUUCGGAUCCUUGUAUACCUAUCUUGGUCAGGAUGGUCCGACUCGAUUGGGCGUCCCUUUAUUUGCGCUUGUAUCUGAAGUAUGGAACGGAAGCUCUUGGUCUCUCCCGGCGGCGAGGUCUGGUCGUCAACUGGAGUUAUUAUCGUUUCUCACUACUGUUGCCCCUGCUCAAGGACCAGAUAUCCCUAAUUGGAUUAUUAAUGGGAAUUCUCACAAAUCCUUCAUCUCUCGCUUGAUCUGGGAUUCGAUUAGGCCGCACGUCCCAGAUAAAGAAUGGGCUCCAAUUCUCUGGCACAAAGGUAUUAUUCCCCGCCAUGCUACUACCACUUGGCUUUUCAUUCUUAACAGGAAUCCGACCCUAGAUCGCCUCCACUCUUGGGGUCUAGAAGUCGAGACUAUAUGCAUCCUUUGUGGUAAUGCAAAUGAAUCGAGGAACCACCUUUUUUUCGACUGUCUGUAUGCAACAGAGGUCUGGAAAUCUGUAUGUGCUCGCCUCAAUUUCACUGAUCCUCCUCUCUCUUGGAAUUUGAUCUUGACUUGGCUGCCGAAUGCGGCCGCUGAUCGUUUCGCUAAAAUUGCUCUACUCCAAGCGUGGCAAGCUUCAGUCUAUAUCAUUUGGCAAGAGCGCAAUCUCAGGAUCCACUCAGGAUUGUCAACUCCUGCCUCUGUCUUGGGGCGAAACAUCCAUCGCAUUCUCUCUGAUAAGUGCACGGCAAUGGUCUCUCUAGGCCUGAAAUUAGGAACUCCUCUUCUCCGCUUUUGGAAGCCUCCUUGA